UUGCAUUGCAAUAAACACUACUACAUUUCAAUUGACAGGAUCUAGAAAUUGUAUUUAUUUACCUUAAUUUAUUUUAUUUUUAUUACUUUACUCUUGAAACACUUUCGUUUUACAUAUCAUGGAUUAUGGAGAAGAACUGACAGCUUAUGGGGACUUUAUAAAAGGAACAUGUAAUUUAAUGUGUCCGGUGAAUGAAAGAAAACUACGAGAGCGAGAAAGGCUACUCCAUCCAUUGGAACGGCUGGAGCAUCCAGUCUCAGAUGUCAGUAACAUCAUUCAUACAAAGAGAAACCUUCGUCGAAAUGGAAAUUACCUGGCAGAUCCGAAUAAAAUUGUGAAAAGUUUUAGUAGGUCUGCAGCGGGGCAUAAGAUGCCGUCACCUUCAGAUUUAAGGCCAUUCCCUGCUUUAGAUAUGACAGUGUCAUAUCUCAUUCGGGAAAUAGCCUGCAAUAAUAUUCACACAGCUGGAUGGGUUGAUAGGUAUAACUUUGUAACCGAUCGACUCCGCGCUGUUCGACAAGAUAUGGUCAUACAGAAUCUUCCAUCAGUUGAUUGCAUAAAACUUUUGAAGCCCAUGGUGAAGUUUCAUGUAUUUGCAGCAUAUUGGCUUUGUGAAAGUCCAAUUAAUGUAUUUGAUCCAAAGAUUAAUUCGUCAUUUCUUCAAGAGUGUAUCAAGCGUCUCCUGAAUAUGUAUGACAUAAUUAGGAAGACAGCAAAUAGAGAUGAUUCUGUUUUUAUUCCAGUAACUGUUGAUUUCAACCAAGCAAAAAAGCAAUUGGUGUACAAAGGUGAAUAUUGUAAUGAGGAGCACUUGAUAUGUGCCCUAUACUUAAUCCUAAAUUUAGGAAAUGCUGAAGCUUUGAAUCAAGGAAUAGCUAGACUAAGAUUUUAUGGUGGUUGUUGCCAAUCUUGCAUAGAAUCUCAAGCCUUUGAAGUGUCGAUAGCCUCAUGGCAUGGCAACUACAACAAAGUGUGCAAACUUAUAAGGAACCUUUCUCCUUUACUCGGCAUGGCUGCUGCAAUCAACUUGCCAUCUAUUCGAAGGCAUGCUCUGAUAGUCAUGUCAACUGCAUACAACAAUAAGACAUUAAAAUUUCCCAUUGAUGUCCUUGAAGAAACAUUAAUGUGGAAUAAUCAGAAUCAGGUUGUUCAAGAUUGUAAAUAUUAUGGUGUAGUAGUGGAAAAGACUGAAGACACAAAAUUAUAUGCUCGCUUUCAAAAAGAAACAUUUAAUUUACAUGUCAAACAGCUUCCACCAUUCAGACUACAGUGGUUGGAUAAGACACUAUCAGAUGUAGCUCUUGCUAAAAUUUUGGCAGAUCAUUGUUGAGUAUUGAGUAUGAAACAAAUUUCUUUUUACUUGUUAUUUUAUUUUUUUUCUUGAUUUAUUUAUUUGAAACAAAAGAUAACAGAAAUGUUUCAAUACAUGAACUUACUUCAUAAAAAAUAUUUUCAUAAACAUA